AAGGCGGCCCUGGAUGGUGGCAGCGGCCGCAGCAGCAGCCGCCGCCGCCGCCACUGCUGCUGUUGGGCGGCUGCAAGGAGAGUUUGCAGCAAUGGAGGUGCAAUUGAAAGAGCUGCGAGAAGAGCUAUGCGGGGAGCAGCAGACUAAUCAUCAGAUGACCUUUUGUGAGGCCAAGCUAGCUGAGAAGCUUCAGGGAGAGUGCGCAGCAAUGGAUAUGCAGCUCAAGGAGCUGCGCAGAGAGCUGCGUGGGGAGCAGCAAACUUAUCAUCAGAUGACCUUCUCUGAAGCUAAGCUCGCUGAGAAGUUCCCUGCGCUUGAACUGGACUUGGCCAACCUUCGGGCAAAGCAGGAGGUCUCUGAGCGCCGCUUGGCCAAGCUCUCAGCCAAGGAGAUUGCGGAGGCUCAAAGGUUCGCGAGCCAGGAGGAAUCGGCACAGCAGCUGCGUGGCAAGCUGAAUCGACAGCUACACUUGGCACGGCAAGAGACGGACAUGGCACAUCGAGCCGAGUCGCUGGUGUGUGAAGAGGCUUCGAUCCAGCAGAAGCAGAAAGUGAGGGUUCAAAGGCUGCAAGGAGAGUUUGCCAGCUCAGAAGCACAGCUGAAGGAGCUACGAGUUGAACUGCAGAAGGAGCAGCAGAGAUAUGAGCAGGUCGUGUUCAACGAGAGGCAGUUGAAACAGCAGCUGGAGCUUCAGGAAGACUCGGCCCGUCGCCGGGAGCUGUUGCUGGGGGAGGAGUCUCGGCGGCGCACGGAGCAAGCGCAGGCGGAGGCUCAAGGGCUCAUAGCCAGGGUCCAGGAGCUGCAAGACCUGGAGAGAGAGAGGUAUACUGCCGAGGUUCAAGCAAAGAAGAAAGAGUUGCAACGUUUAGCUACACUGCAAAUUGAGAAGGAGGACUUCUUGCAGCAGAUUGGUGACUUACAAGCGCGCUUGGCCCAAGAGCAGCAGGCUGGCAAGUUCUUGGCCUCUCAACGUAUGGCGGCGGCAAAGGUGCAGGCCAGUGUGACGGAAGAGAUGAGGGAAAUUCUGGCUGAGAGGGAAACUGAUGAUGCGCAUCAGGAGGCCAGACAACGGGCUUGCGCAGAAGAACUCAUGGAUCUUCGCUUAGAUCUGGAGUUGAAGACUGCAGCUGUAGCCAUGUCCAAGGAAAGGAAGCCUUUCGUUUGGCGGGAGUCGCCCAAGCCAGCCCGGUCAGUUGGCUCUUCACGCGCCCGAGCUGCUCGUGCUGAGUCACCUAGGGUGGUGACCCAAGAGGCUGAGAACAAACAAACUGCGGCCGUGCCCACUGUGGCAGAUGAGCUGGUGGCACUGGAUGAGGCUCUCAAGUCCUUUCAGGCUGCCACAGAGCAAGGCAUUAAGAAAGCACAGCAGGACAGCAAGACCACUGAGCUCUUGUUGCGUGGAAGACUGGCACGAGCAGAAGCAGUUUCCAUGCGCCUCCAGCGGGAGUUGCAGGUCUCAGAGGCGCAGAGAAACCUGGGUGGCACCUUCCAGGUCUUGGUCAUGGAGGCGGAAGAAGCUCAGAAAGCUGAGGCGAUUGGCGCUGAGGCAAGUGGCGCUGAGAUCGAAGAGCCAAGCUCGGAGGACGAGGAAGAUGAGGAAGAUGACGAUCAAACAAACAAAGAGAUGGAUGAGGAUGACACCCAGAACAGUGACGACGGUCACGCUGAGCCGCCUGUGUCCCACAGUCCGAUAAAAGCUGGAGCGAUGGGAGCUGGAGCUCAGCUGGGAUGGCGGAAGAGUUGGGCACCGCAGCAAUUUGCCAAGCAAUUGGGCGAAGCAGUUCCCCCGCGUGGAGGACUCCAGAAGAGCCAGACCACGCCGGUGGAAUGGCUCGAUGACGACGUGGAGUUCCACGAGAACGACGCGACCCGUGCCGUGGAAGAUCGGGCCGGGAGGGCUCGAUCGUGGCGGAAGAGUUGGGCGCCGGAGUCGGAGCAUCCCUUGGAGAUCGUGGACGUGCGAGAUUGACCUGUGAGCAAAACCUGAUGGGGUACGCGUCAUGAAGGCCACCAAGCCCAAGAAGAAUGACAUCAUGUGGCCCAAAUGUCCAGGAGAACACCUGGGGCAGGUCUUUGCUCCUCAAACCAGAUGCCAAAGCACUGGAUAAUACUUCAUUUAGUUUCCUCUUUGCAUCUCUUUGCUGUCUUGGAGUUGGGUUUUCCAACUAUCUCAGCACAAAGACUUGGAGCCUGGCGAAGUCGAUGUGGCGACGUUGAUGCCCUGUCCAAAGAUCGACCUGUGGAAUCGACGCGUUGAUGCCACCGACAACGAACGGCGGGAGGAAAAAGAUGGAAA